AUGACUAUUGCACCUGUCUUGGCCUUAGCAGUUUUUUCCAAAACAUUCAUCAUUGAGACUGAUGCUUGUUCUACAGGGAUGGGGGCUGUAUUAAUGCAAGAGGACAGACCCUUAGCAUUCUUCAGUAAAGCUUUGGCACCUAAACAUCUUGGGUUGUCUACCUAUGAGAAGGAAUACAUGGAUGUACUUUCAGCAGUUGAUAGAUGGAGACAUUAUCUCCAAGGUGAUCAUUUUAUCAUACGAACAGAUCAUCAUAGUCUCAAGUAUUUGCUUGGGCAAAGGGUGACUACUGCUUUACAACAGAAAGGAUUAACCAAGCUAUUGGGAUUAGACUAUGAGGUUCAGUAUAAGAAAGGCACUGAGAACAGGGUAGCUGAUGCACUAUCAAGGAAGAAAGAAGAUGAGGCAUAUUUCAAUGCUAUAACAACUGCAGAGCCAACUUGGAUGUUGGAGGUUUCUCGGAGCUAUGCAAUGGAUCCUACAGCCUUGCAACCUGUGGCAAAGUUAAUUACUGAUCCUACAAGUAAUCUUGUCUACUCUUUACAUCAAAGCAUAAUUAGAUACAAGGGAAAAAUCUAUGUGGGAAGAGCUACUGAUUUGAGAUUCCGAAUUUUCAAUGCAUUUCACUCUUCUCCCUUGGGGGGAACUCAGGACAACAGGGCACUUAUAGGAGAAUUGGAUAUAGCCAUGUAUUUCAUAGAAGGACUUCCUUCUUCUGGACAUAAGAAUUUUAUCUUGGUGGUUGUUGACAGAUUAACCAAAUAUGGUCACUUUCUAACCUUAAAACACCCCUACACUACUAAGGAGGUGGCAGAUUUGUUCUUACACGAGAUUUACAAGUUACAUGGUCUUCCCAAGUCUAUUGUCUCUGACAGAGAUUCUAUUUGUAAUAGCCAAUUCUGGCAACAGCUAUUCAAAUCCAUAGGCACUAAACUCAACAUGUCUAGUGCUUACCACCCCCAGUCUGAUGGUCAGACUGAGAGACUUAAUACGUGUCUUGAGUCUUACCUGUGA